GAGGGCAGGAGGAGGUAGAUCCCCGGCCCCCGGCACCGAGCGCUGCUGCUGCUUCUGCUGACGUAGCCGCCUGUACACAUAUCUUAGUGCAGAUGCUGCCGGUGGCUGUGUGGAGAUGGUCCGGGCUAUGCUGCUAGUGUGCCUGACUCUGUACACACUGCCGGUGUCGGAGAGCUACAGGAAGAGAGGACCCGCUGUCACUCAUAAGAUUUUUUUCGAUAUAAAGAUCGGAGAAAGAAAUGCUGGGCGUAUUGUCAUUGGUUUGUUUGGAAAGAUUGUCCCAAAAACUGUGAAAAAUGUUGUUGCACUGGCAACUGGAGAAAAAGGUUUUGGCUAUAAAGGCAGCAAGUUUCACAGAGUGAUCAAAGACUUUAUGAUCCAAGGAGGAGAUUUCACAGCCGGAGAUGGGACAGGAGGUAGGAGUAUCUAUGGAGACCAGUUUCCUGAUGAGAACUUUAAACUCAAGCACUAUGGCAUUGGUUGGGUGAGCAUGGCAAAUUCAGGGCCAGAUACUAACGGCUCACAGUUCUUCAUCUCCACCACUCGGCCCUCAUGGCUAAAUGGAAAGCAUGUUGUGUUUGGAAAAGUGCUGGAAGGCAUGGCUGUGGUGCACUCCAUAGAGCUCCAAGAGACAGACGACAAAGAUCGCCCACUACAAGACUGUGUCAUAGUAAACAGUGGGCAGAAAAUUGUAAGGGAACCAUUUGUGGUUGAAGUGGAUGAUUGGCAAAAUUAGAAAAUAACUUUACAUAUACUAUUUUUUUAAUGAAUUGUCAAUAAAUGUAAAUAUGUGAA